CUCCGCGAGAUUGCAUAUUGUCGUGAAUUUUCUGUAGUGGAUUUGGAGCAUGAGAAUUGGUCGUGGCGGCAGAAGGAGAAGAAUUAGGAGAGGCUGAGACGGAGCUGAAGUAGAAGUGGGUGAAGCCGCGGAGAUUGUUGGAGAUGGCGGCGAUGUUGGCACAAACGGUGAUGGCGAGCACUUGGGCUUCUUCUUCUUCUUCUCCUUCGCACUUGGGCGUCGCGAUGAUUGCCCCGUCCCGACUUGCCGUGUGUGGAGUGAAAGCGGUCUCCCCUGUAUUGGUCACCACAAGGGCGCCGCACAAGAGGAAAUCAUUCGUUGUGCGAGCGGCGGACCUGACGGCGGAAUCACCAUCGGGCGUGGCGCCUGCGAUUACGCUCACAGAAAAAGCAUUGAGUCACCUGACGAAACUAAGGGCCAGCCAAGACAAUAAAUUGUGCUUGCGUGUUGGAGUUCGACAGGGCGGUUGUUCCGGCAUGUCGUAUAUCAUGGAUUUUGAAGAGAUUUCCAAUGUUCGAUCCGACGAUUCUGUGAUCGAGUACGAGGGUUUUAAAAUGGUGUGUGAUCCGAAGAGCCUGUUGUUCCUGUAUGGGAUGCAGUUGGACUACAGCGAUGCUCUGAUUGGAGGCGGCUUCUCCUUCAGUAAUCCAAAUGCCUCUUCAACUUGUGGUUGUGGGAAAUCAUUUGCCGCUUAGACCACUGUAUUCGUAAUACGUAGAACUUAGGUACAUCUCUUUAGCAUCAUCACGAGAUAUAUUUAUGGGACGUGUAGAUUUUAGAUAGAUUAAGCUCUCUCUUCUUUGCAUGGGAAUAUGCACAGAGGGUGUAUCAUGUGACGUGAAGUUUUCUUCUUUCUUUCCUACCAGCAGUCUUUUGGAUUACAAAACCUUUCAAUUAUUGAAUUGCAUGUGCUCAUUUAAGAGGCCGAUUCAAUCACACGCGCAAGCGGCAUAUAUUGAACAAG